AUGACACCACCAAUGCAGUCAGGUAAGCCAGGAUCGUUUUGCUUGCAAUCCUGUUCAGAUUAGUUCAGGUUGCUUAAUUGAAAUCGGGUGGACUUUGGUGAGUUUUGAAGUAACCAAAUUGUGAGCAGUAUUGCAGUUAUUUUGUUAAUUUUGGAGUUGCAAAAAAAGGGGGGAUUUAAGGUAAAGAACCCCUGGACAGUUAAGUCCAGUCGAAUUCGACUUUGGGGUGCAGUGCUCAUCUCUGCUUUCAGACGGAGGGACUUUACAGGCAACCUGCCAUUUGUCUGAAAAUGGGAGCAUUUGCUGUGAUUCAAAAUCUUACUUAAUGUGAUAAGGAAGUUUCUUUGGAUUCCAGGAAGUGGAUUUUUAAGGACAACUGAAAGGAGGAGUGUUGGAGCAAGACAAGGGUGGUGUCUGAAGUAGGAUAUUGUACAGUAGGAUUUCGUACAGUGCCGGCCUAUGCAGAUUGCUUAGAAGUCCUGAGUUCAGUGGGACUUAGUCCCACGUAAAUGUGCACAGGUUUGCAGCUAGUAAACCGCUGUCACAGGUCUUAAUUCAAACAGAACUUUUCUCUGUCAAAAAUACUUUCUCUGUGAAUCAGUUCACGUGUUAACAUUUCCCAGCAUGGGGAGCUGGUUCUGGAAAGGAACCAUGUAAAAAAUACGUGAACUCACCCAGCUUUUGUAUCAUUUUGCCAAAUAUAUUUCAGAAAGCCUGUCAAAUACACCAAAAGCGUACAGUGGUGCCUCGCAAGACGAAAUUAAUCCGUUCUGCGAGUCUCUUCGUCUAGCGGUUUUUUCGUCUUGCGAAGCAACCCUAUUAGCGGCUUAGCGGAUUAGCGCUAUUAGCGGUUUAGCGGCUAUUAAAGGCUUAGCGGCUUAGAAAAGGGGGGGGCGAAAAAAAAAUCUCAAGACUCGCAAGACAUUUUCGUCUUGCGAAGCAAGCCCAUAGGGAAAUUCGUGCUGCGAAGCGCAUUGAAAACAGAAAACCCUUUCGUCUAGCGGGUUUUCCGUCUUGCGAGGCAUUCGUCUUGCGGGGCACCACUGUAAUUGUUUUUUUUUUUUUGCAAUCCACAAUGAUGCUUGCUCAGUUUCAUUCAGAAUUAAUAAAGUAUGCCUAAUGACAAAUAAUGUCUGAAUUAGAUUACAGGGAGAAAUACAGAGAACAUAUUAGAGAGAAAUACCAAAGCCCUGAAAGAAGGCUGGCCAGCCAUGGGGUCUAUGGGCCUCCCAAUGAAAAAUAUGAGCAACUAAUUAUUGCAAAUGGAGAUAGACGAGAGACUGAAAUACUGCACAGACCAUGGAGACAUUCUGGGAUCAUGUCAGAGCAAAUGGUUGCUGUUCCCACCGAGGCCUUGUUUGAGGUUGACAACGAUGGACCACAGACUGUGGUGCUCCUGGGAGGGGCUGGAACUGGGAAAACCACCUUGGCCAGAAAGAUCCUGCUAGACUGGGCAGCUGGAAGACUCUUUCCCGGGAGAUUUGAUUACCUUUUCUACCUCCGUUGUGGGCAACUGAAUCUCGUUAAGGUCCAGGCGGACUUGGCUGACUUGAUUUUAAACGGUGACCCUGAGCUUAGAGAGAGAGAAGAGAUAAUGGAACUCCUAGAAAACCCUGUCAAGCUUCUCUUCAUAAUUGAUGGCUUUCAUGAACUCACUUGCUCCAUCGAACACCAGGAAGACAACCCAAGCGUUGAUCCCAGGGAGAAGAAGCCGGUGGGAGUCCUCUUGAGUGCAUUAUUUCACAGAGCCCUUCUUCCAGAGGCCUGCCUGCUAAUUACUACCAGGCCAUCCUCUUUGGAAAGCCUCAGGAAUUGCCUGCAGUCUGAACGCUGCAUAAGACUUUUGGGUUUUUCUGAGGAGGGCAAAGAAGAGUAUUUCCUCAAGGUCUUUGGAGAUAAAAAAUUAGCAACACAGGCUCUUAGUUACGUUAAAGGGGAUGAAGCACUCUUUGCCCUAUCCUUUGUCCCCAAUUUGUGCUGGGUCCUCUGCACUGUGAUGAAACAGCAGCUAGACAGGGGCAAGGAAGAUCUAGUGCCAGUGUCUGAAAAACUCACUGCGGUAUAUGCACUUUAUCUCUCCCGUUUGACUGAGUCUCCCUGCAGUAGCUCAGGGCAGUGGAAUCUGAGAGGGCUCUGCUCACUGGCUGCUGAUGGAAUCAGGAAAAACAAGACCUUGUUCAAGGCCGAAGAAAUCCAGAAGCAAAGUUCAGGUCACUUAGGUUCUCUUCCUCCUGCUCUUUUUCAGAAAGACCCUGGUUCUGAAGGUCUCUAUAGGUUCCUCCACCUCAGUGUACAAGAGUUUCUUGCGGCCUUGUUCUAUGUUUUGGAAGACACGCCCAAAAAUCCUGAGACUAUGAAGCAAGAUCUGGAACUCUCGCUAGAAGGAUGUGGCAAAGACCCAGGAGAUUUGACCUUAUUUGCCCAAUUCAUCUUUAGCCUAUUAAACAGAGAAAUAAUGGAAUACCUGAAAGAACAAUUUGGGUGGCAAAUUUCACCUGCAGUUAAUGGUGGCUUGCUGGAUUGGUUUAAAACGGACACACAGAUUAAGUCAGAUUAUCCAAAUUAUUGCCCGCUGGAAAGGUUUCACUAUUUGUAUGCAAUCCAAGAAGAGGAAUUUGCCCAAUGUGCUCUCGACCAUUUGACUGAAGUAACUAUGGGCAGAUUGACAUUUACUCCCCUGGACCAAGCUGUUCUCUCCUUCUGUGUCCAGAACUGUUUACACUUGGAGGCGCUUUGCCUGUACGGAAGUUUGUUUCUGUCGAAGAAACCUGAGGGAGAAGAACUUCCAGGGCAUCUCAGUCAUCCAUGUCAGUAAGUAGGACCCAAACUCUUAAAUGUAUUACUGAUGUAGCUGAUUUUUAUUCCUCUUCUUUCCUACUUCUCAUAAUAUGCAUUACCAAGACUUCUGCUCUUUGCUUUCUUUUUUCUGUUUUUUGGCAGAUCCUUCUUUCUUCUCCCCUUUAUAUCUGGAUUAUGUCUAUGCUAAGCUGUAGAUCAGGGGUGGGAGUACCUGGGGUCCUCUGGAUAAAAAUAAAUAAAUAAAUCCCUGCCCAUCUGGCUGGGUUUCCGCAGCCACUCUGGGCGGCUCCCAAAAGAACAUUAAAAACAAAAUAAAACAUUAAAAACUUCCCUAAACAGGGCUGCCUUCAGGUGUCUUCUAAAAAUCAAAUCGUUGUUUAUUUCCUCGACAUCUAAUGGGAGGAUGUUCCACAGGGCAGGCGCCACAUCUGCCUGGUUCCCUGUAACCUCACAUCUCGCAGUGAGGGAACCACCAGAAGGCCCUCGGAGGAGGACCUCAGGCUGAAUGAUGGGGGUGGAGACGCUCCUUCACGUAUACGCCUUCAGGUAUACUGAGAUGCUCCUUCAGAUAUACUGCUCUUGGACUCCAAAUCCCAUCAGCCCCAGCCAGUAUAGUUAACUGUCCUAAGCACCUUGGGAAAUGCAGUUUCGUAAAAGGCCUAGGGCUCUCUGAGGAAGAAUGAUCACCACACUUACAGACCUAGAACUUCCUACAUUUAUUGGAAAGAAGUAGCGACAGUUAAACUUCUUUCAAACCAGUUUAAAGUUUGUAGUGCAAUCACUAAAACUGCUUUUUUCUCUCCCAAAACAGAAAGGGUAGCGUAACCAAUAAGCAUAUUUUGUCCAUUAUGCUCAUUCUAUAUUAGAAAACAGAACAUAACGAACUUUUCUACCUUUUUAGGCCAGAUCAGAAAACACAGGAGCGUUCAGCAGUUUACCUUCUCUGUCAAGCACUGAAAGAUCCAAACAACAAAAUCAGGAAACUGGAGUAAGUCACAGCUGUUUUCCCUGCCUUGUUACUUGUUUGGCUCUAUUGAAGCAGACACACUCAGCUAAUGUGUGUCUUAUUGAGGUUCAGGUAUCUCCACAGCAGUGCCUGAAUGGGUCCCAGGGCAGCCCCACAUCGCCAGAGGUUUGCUGAAUAACUGGCAAGUGGAAAUGUCUGAGGUCAUGAAAGUUUUGGGAGGCUACGGAGGACUCUAUAUUAGAUCUCAUCAUCAGCUCCUUUCUCUGGCAAUAUUCAAAUAAUCAAGUGUGAAACAGAUCUGUCGGCAAGAUGUAUGUUGAGCUUUAUGAUUCCUGCAUUACAUGAGGUUGAACUACACAGAUGACCUUUGGGGUGCCUUCACUGAUUCUGUGAGAGUUGCACCCAGCCCCCCUUUAGGGAAAGCUUAAAUUAAUACAGUGGUACCUUGGUUCUCGAACUUAAUCCAUUCCGGGAGUCCGUUCGACUCCCAAAGCUGUUCAAAAACCAAGGUGAAGCUUCCGAUUGGCUGCAGGAACUUCCUGCACUCAAUCGGAAGCUGUGGAAGCCAAGUCAGACGUUCGGCUUUUGAAAAAUGUUCGCAAACCGGAACACUUAUGUCCGGGUUUGCGGCGUUCGGGAGUUGAUUUGUUCGGGAGCCAAGCCGCUCGACAAGCAAGGUACAGUGGUACCUCCGUUUACGAACUUAAUUCAUCCGUUCUUACAUCGAAAGCGUUCUUAAACCGAGGCGCACUUUCCCUAAUGAGGCUUCCCGCCACCGGUUCCCUUCCACCAUUUUGCUUCCGUUUGGCUUACAGGGCAAAGUUCACUAGCUGGAACACCUACUUCCAGUUUUGCAGACUUUGUUCCCCGAAUCAUUCAUUAACAGGACUGUUCUUAGACCAAGGUACAACUUUACUAACAAUUAAGUGUUUCAGAGUUUCCUUCACAAGUCAGUCAUCACAUGUCAGGAGGGUCGGGCUUCUCCAUUCUCGUGUGCCACAGACCUCUGGUGCUCUGGUGGGUAUGAGCAGUGAUCAUUCUUUCUCUCCACCUUAGACUUUGGAGGUGGGUGGAGAUAAUUCCCACAACUAUAUGGAGAUCCCAUACAUUCUCUGGCUCCAAGCUUGGGGGGUCAGCCAUCUACUCUUUUUGGCUUGGCUAGCAAGACCCAACAAAAAUGUUGCUCCUCUUAGCAGGAGGGGAGAGAAGGCCGCUGGAAAGACCAGGUGGACCCAGGGGGAGAGGAAGGGGGUGAGGUGGGUGCGGGCCGCCCCGGGUGUCACCACUGAGGGGGGUGACAAAAUGCCAGGCGGCAUUCACCGCGGGGACUGCAGCGUGCCUGAGCCACGUGUCUCUCCGCGCUGCCCAAACAAUCCACCCGCUGCCUCCCCCCAGCUGUAAGGUGGCUGAGUGGGAGGAGGCAGGCAGACUCCGGAGGCCCCGUGGUGUGCCCCACACCUGUGGGUGGCUCGCCCUGCCUCUGGGCACGCUGCCCCAGGUGCCCGAGUGGCUUCCUCCGCCACUGGGUGGACCAACACACCCCAAGUGCCAAGGUAGCUGUUAAUGUGAAGGUCCAUCUCUCUGUGUGUUUUCAGUACAGUAGGAGAGGAGAACCUGUGGCCGCACUGGAUAUUGCUGGAUUUUAGCUCUCAUCAGCCCCAGCAAGCCUGACCCCAGGGGUCAGGGAUGAUGAGAGUUCCUGCCCAACAACAUCCGAAGGGCCACAGCUUAGCCUCCCAUGCAGGACAGAAUUAGAAGUCACUUGCUUCUUAAGCCAGUUAUUUACAUCUGGGUUCCAUUUCCCCAUAUCUGUUGGUCUUUACCAUGCUUCUCAAAUGCCUUCUAUUUGCCUAUGGCAACUUCCCAGAGCAUUUCCGUGGAUCCCAGAGAAAGAGUUUGCUAAUUUAGUGGGAAUAUUAAAAGCUGUUGUGCUUUGAACCACCUAAGGAGAAAAACACAGGGAGAAAAGAAAAGCUCCGGAUGCAGAAUGUUUUACACACGUUCAGGUGGCCUGUGCGUAAUCAACAUCUGCUGCAUCAUUGAGAUGAUGGAGAAGAAUCAGCCAUGUUUAUGAGGAUUUAUCCAAAGGAUACCCAGGGAAAGAGCUGGCUAGUGGAGCUGUUUCUGUCCCAUUUUGCAGGCUUAAUGGAUGCCAGCUCACAGACGGUUGCUGUGCAGAUCUUUCCACUGUUCUCUCAACAAGCCAGAAGUUGGUAGAACUGGACUUGCAGGCAGCCAUUCUGAAGGAAUCGGGAGCCAGGCUGCUAUGUGAAGGGCUGAUUCAUCCCAACUGCAUGCUAGAAAAACUGGGGUAAGCUGAAAAAAUGCUUCUUCUGCCUAAGCAUUACCAGCGGAACAUAAAGGCAUUGAGGGUGCACAACGUCAGUUGUCUUCAGGUGUGCAAAAUUACUCAGGGGUUUUUCUGUUUUAAAAAACAACCACAGCACAAUUUCUCCCUCUUGGACAAAAGACUGUUUUGGAGAGAUUUCAAAAUUUUAAACUAGAACACGAAGCUUAAGGGCCCACUAUCUCUCAGGUGUGUGCUGUCAGUAUCUCCCUUUCUUGUGGUCCCUCUUCUGUAUCUUGAUUCACACUGCAUCUGUGUGUAUUCCUUCUUUAUACACACUGUGAUGUAUAAUGUUGGGUAUUGUUUGCCAUAUUCUAUAAUUCCUGCCAUCACAGAUCCUAACCUGAAUUUCUCAGAACUCCACAUAUGUGUGUAUAUACUGUAUGUGUGUGUUUUUAAUCAGUUGUAAUCUGACUUACUUUUAUCUUAGUCCAAAGCAUCUUUCAACAUUAAAGGCACCAUUGUUUGAAAAUGGAUAUUACUAAGUUCCCCAAUGAAUUAAAUCAUAACUAUCCUCAGUGAAACCAACGAUCACUAUACCUAGUUAGGCAAGUGGGCCUAAUGUGAUCUGUGCUCCCCAAGGAGUGAAAAGGACACAAGGUUCUCCAGUGCUGGAUCACACCUUCUUUUUCAUGAGUCUUAGAAGAAGGGUGAGAAGCCACGUGAUGUCAUCUCGAUCUCAGGCUUUUUCAACCACUCACCUCUUUUUUUACCUUUCAGACUGAGGGACUGUGGCCUGACUUCUGUUUCUGGCAGAGACUUUUCCACUGUUUUCAGUACCAGUCAGAAGCUGACAGAGCUGGAACUGGGUUGGAAUCUUUUACUGGGAGAUCAAGGAGUUCAGCUGCUGUGUGAGGGGUUGAAGCAUCCGAACUGCAAGCUGCAGAGCUUGGGGUGAGGAGCACCAUGCUGUCCCUUUCAGAGUCAGACUGCCAAAGCCCAGAGCUGGUGGAUCAGGUCUAGUGCUUUUUGAUAAGCAGGUGGUCUUACCAUGCAGGUGAUCCAAUUUUUUUAGGUCUUAGCCAGCACUUUAAGAUGGACUCAAAAAUAACACUGGGGGCCAAGGUGAAUCAGGCAAUGGUGGAAUCGUAAGCUCAAAACGGCACCAGCUGCAGUUUUAAUUUUGCUUUAAAAAAUAGUUAUUAUACUGCUGUAUCAUAAAAAUAUAUAAUAGUAAUUUGCAACAAUAUAAAACAUAAAACCAAACAAUAACAUCAUAGCAAGUUAAAGGCAAAAAUUAAAAAAAAAUCAGCAGUCCAUUGUGGGGGGAUGUACUCUUAAUUGUCUGCAUAGGCCUGGUGGAAUAGAAAAGUUUCCCGCAGGCAUUUAAAAGUUGGCACAGAAGUUACCUGCUGAAUCUUUAUUAAAAGGGUGUUCCAUAGGAUCGGGCCAGUGACGCUAAAGGCUCAGCUUUUCGUUGUUGUCAAAUGAGCCUCACCAACUCGGGGAAUGAGGAAAGGUUUCUGAACGUUCCUCAAGGGCAGUCACACACAGAUCAUCCCGCAGUAGUCUAAACCAGGGUCAUGUUUUGUGGUCCUCUCCAACACACACUUACUUUUUAAAAGAUUGAAUGUUUGAGGCCUCAGAACUUUUUAUUUUUAAAUUUAGGAAGAGAAUCAUCAUGGCACGAGUUGAUGUCUUCUCAUGCCAUGUGUUUUUCUUUCGUGUUUUGCACUGCACAACCACCCAAAAUUCUGCUCUGAACCUUCCAGAGCAGAUUUUGGGGAGGGGACAAAGAGAAAUCAGAAGUCUUGCAGAUCACCCACUGUGGUGCUGCAAUCCCCAAAGUUUUUUUGUGGGAUCCCCAAGACUCCCCCCCCCCACAAUUAAUUUGUCCAUUUAAAAAAAGUGUGCACUUUGCUGUGUUACUAUAAUGGCAAAAAAGUGAACUGCCACCCUCAGACCCAACCUGGAUAGCAAUUAAUUGGUCACAGUUAUUGAAAAUAGCCCACAAUAGCUGAUAGGAAAGCCUUUGGGAUAGCAAACUUGAGGACUGCAGUCUUCACUGUUCCCACAUUUCUACUUUGGCCACACCCACUCUGGCAUAUGGCAUGGGGAGGAGAGAGAGAGAGAGCACUGCAGUGCAAAUGGGAUGCAGCUUAUCUUGGUUGCAGCUUGAAGCAUGAAAGAAGCAGAGGCUCAGCAAGUGCCCCCCCCCAAGAAAGUAAUAACAAUUUUGCACACACUAUGCAGGUUGGACAGCUGCAAUCUCUCAGCUGCCAGUUGUCAGGAUCUCAUCCCUGUUCUAAGUACCAGCCGGACUCUGAUGAAGCUGAACCUGGAAUGUAACAAAGUGGGAGAUGCAGGAGUGAAGCUGUUGUCUGAAGGACUGAGACAUCCAAACUGCGUACUGCAAACUUUAUUGUAAGUGGGAGCCAAAUUCCUUCCGUGUGAAGUCCUUGGACAGCUUACUUUCAAGGAGCCCUGGGUAGAUCAGGGGUCCUGCUGGACGUCAUAGUCUGGUCUCUUGGUUUCUGUAGAGCUGUAGGAUCAUUCAUGCCUUUAUUCUUCUUGAUAAAACAAAGGAUAACCCACCCUGCCUUCCUGAAAGGGAGGGAUGAAAAUCUGACAAUAUCGCAAACACUUAUUAUUUCCUCUUACCUGCAAAGCAGAACCAGAGUAAACCAGCAGUCUGUAGGAACAGACCUUCAGACUGGCCUCCAUGUAAUUUCCAUUGAGGACCUUCUGUUCAGCUACAGUUGCAUAAAGGUAUUAGGAAAUGUUUGAUUGACCAGGAAGUUCAGGUGUGCAUUCAGUGUCAGAGUUUUCGACUCCUCUUCUAAACCUCUUGCAAUUGCAAAAUCCGUGUGUGAACAUCCGGCUCACGGGUGUUUCCUCCAUCCCAUAUAUAACACCAGGCACGGAACUGGCCAGUUUGAAAAGGGAGACUCGGGAGCACAUUCCUGCUUCUUCAUUUCUAGCCGCUGGCAGAAUUUAGCACUUUCUGGCAGCAAAGGAAAAGCCUUCCUUUGCAGGUACAGUUUGAACAAUCAGGGCUGCACAGGAGGACUCUGUUGACAGCAGGUGACUGACAGGUGGUUGACCCUUUGGGGUGGGGAUGGAGCAGCAUGGGAUCCCGCUCCCUGGCCAGAGCCAGUUCCCCACCCGUGCCUUGGAGGGCGUGUAGGUGAUGAGGUCAGAUGGAGGUGAGCUGAAUGUCGAAACCAGCUCUCCAUAUCAGGAAUCCUCACCCUUUCUCCUUUACUGCUGUGGUCUUAUCACCUCCAUGACAGAAUAAUUUCUCACGUGCCUAAAAGAAUUCUCUGGGACCAGAGCUGAGAGCUCAAUGAUGGAUGAGGACUGGGAGAGUGAGGCUUUGGCUAGGUACACCUUAACCAUCUUAAAGCACAGCCAGGUGGCUCUUUUUCUCAAGUCGUGUUGAAGCUGGUUUGGGAGGAAAUGCAUCAAAACACAGCCUUUAAUAGGAUCACUGCAGCACAGAUAUGGAUCGUGGGUUGCAGCUAACUGGACACAGAGUAAAUGGGAGCAUGUGCCCAGCCUUUGCUGCAGUGAAUAUCAUGUUAUAGGUGAGGCCCUGGCUGAAGGGUCUCAACCUGAGUUUUACAUCAGAACCAUCCACAGAUCACGGUAUACAUGCAGCUCAGCUAUGGAGGCAGACAGCCUUCCUUUCAUCACCCACCAAUUAUAGGCUGCAUCAGCUGUAAAGUGAAGAAAUUCACUGACGUGAUCACUGCGAUUUAGAGUGGAAGGGCUGUUGUUUCACAACAUAUCUUCUUAAUAUCAGAGGGUGAAAUAGAAGGGGCCUGUAGAAGUGAGUGAGCCAUGUUUGACCUUGUUGGAUCUGUUUGUUUUCUCUUGCAGACUGGACACAAAUGAGCUCAGCCCUGCCUGUUGUGGGGAUUUCAGCUCCAUUCUCAGCACCAGCCAGACAUUGACAGAACUGGCACUAGAAUAUAAUGGACUGGAAGAUGCUGGAGUGAGGCUGCUCUGUGAGGGGCUGAAGCAGCCCAGCUGCAAGCUGCAAAAACUGAGGUGAGCAGCGGCUGGGAUUUGUGCUGUGGAGUUCCAUGAUUUGGUGUAUUGCAGAAUGCUCUCAAGGGAAAUGAAAAUAGGUGAUUCCCUUUUGCACAACUAUAGCAUCCUUGAUCCAGCAUAUUGGGGAGAGGGUUAAUAUAUUUGCAUGCAGGAACAAAUAGCUGUAUACUUUAAAAUAUCAGAAAGAAUAUGAACAUAGUCCCCCCCCCAAUAUAUAUAUAUAUUUCAAAGUUGCUUGAUAAACAUAGCAGAAGAGGAAAGGCAAAGGAAGGAAUCUAGAGAGAAGAGAGGAAUAACCUGAAGGUAAGGAGGAGGGGAAAUGGAUCAUGACCCAGCACUCCCGAGGGCCUUCAGAGACGCUGCUUGCUCUCUGUGGCUGAUCCAGCUGGCUUUGCAGAUCUCUCAGCCAUUUCUGACACUUCUAGGGGGCCACACUUUGUCAUGGGCACUGUAGUCUCCCUGCAGGUUUCUCAUCAUGGAUCUGUUGUGCUUACUGACAUGCUUGUCUUCUUUCUCCACCCACCCACAAAUGAGGAUGGACCGGCAGAGCCAACCAGUUUUCACCUGCUUGUUGCUCUUGAUUUCCUACCCCUCCUAAAAUGUCUGGCAGCAGGACUGUGACCAUAGGAAGAAGGCAGAGUUGCUCUGAGAGCCUUUGCAUCACAUACAGAGUGGGAUUCGUACACACAAACCCAGCACACAUGGCACAAGGUGAUCUGCAUGAAAACCUGAAGGGAAUCUAGGUUUACUGAGCAGAACUGAUUGCUGCUGCACUUGCCUUGGGGCAGGGAAGGACCCUAGCUCUAUGUUGAAGGGAGGGAACUAUCCUUGCUGAACUACAAGUCCCAUCAUCCUUGCCAUGUUUGCUGGGCCUGAUGGGAGUUGUAGUUCACCAGCAUCUAGAGAGCCAACGGUUCAUCACCCUUGGUGUAAGCUGCUAUCCCCUUGCACCAGGUGAGUCCCAUGUACCUCUGCACCAUUCAGCAGCACAGGAAUGAAGGUAGAGUCAGAUAGUUGAAAAAGACCCAGAGGUGAGUGUUGGCUCUUAGGAACAUGAAAGAUAAACUUUCUCAUGCAUUUGGAAGGACAGGCCUGGAAACAUGAAAUAGACAACAAAGUCUGGUCAGUUUUAAUUGACUAUUGAGACCACACAGAGGAGUGUGAAUAGGAGCAGGCUGUGUGCUUGUGAGUGAACCAAAACCACAUACACAAACCAAAAUCCUUCCUCAGAGUGCCUGCACAGCUGCAAUGUUACUUUGAGUCCUUCAAGACUCAUUCAUCCUGACAGUGGCUAGGAAUAAAGGCUUCAGGGUCUUCUAGCAAGCAGAAGCUGUUUGUGGAGGAAAACGUGAACGGGAGAGGUUUUUCUUUCAUCUUUUCUUUCUCACACAGGCUGGCCCGAUGUAAUAUUACAGCUGCUUCUUGUGAAGAUCUCUCUUCUGCUCUCGCAGUCAGACAGACUCUGACAGAGCUGGUGGUGGAAUGUAACGAGCUUCGAGAUCCAGGGGUGAAGCUUCUGUGCAGAGGUCUGAAGCAUCCGCACUGCAAGCUGCAGCUCCUCAAGCAAGUAAUCGGCUGGAUCCCUCUGGGGUUGGAUAGCAUCUUUGGAGCCCAGGUUGCCCCCCCCCCAUGAGAGUGAAGGGACCCUAGAAGUGCUGCACCCCAAGCAGGAGCCAGACCGACCCUUUUGUACAGUCAAGCCUGUUGAGGCAUCACUUGUUUCUGUUCGGAAUCACAAUAUUCCAAGAUCCCUUCCUAAAUUUUGAUUCCUUCACCUUAACUAUUCAUAGGGUAUUAACAGGUUGUCCCUCACCCCCACCCCAACCAAAAAAAUUGGUUUACAUUUCCUGCCAUCAAGUGCUGAGAGCAGGGGUCAGCAACCUUUUUCAGCCGUGGGCCAGUCCACCGUCCCUCAGACCAUGUGGUGGGCCAGACUAUAUUUUGGAAGGGGAAAAAAGAACAAAUUCCUAUCCCCCACAAACAACCCAGAGAUGCAUUUUAAAUAUAAGGACACAUUCUACUCAUGUAAAAACAUGCUGAUUCUCGGACCAUCUGCGGGCUGGAUUGAGAAGGCGAUUGGGCCACAUCCGGCCCCUGGGCCUUAGGUUGCCUACCCCUGACUGAGAGUGUCACUACACAUCUUCUCUGCCUGAGUUUCAGAGUGAGAAGUUUCUGCACCUCCAGGAAACUCUUUGAGGAACAUAGAAGCCCAUUUUUGCUCAUUGAAUGGGUUCAGUAGCAGCUACUGUCAGCUGAGGCAUGACCAAGAAAGCCCUUGUCAUCCAGUUUGUUUCAUAGGGGCUGCAGGAUAUUGCUGCAUGUAACAGGAAUUGUUUGUAUUUGAAGAAAGUUGCAAGGUGAUCUGAAGAAACAGGAGAAGGGUCUUUACACUUCAAACCCUGUUCUUCCAUGCCCUGCCGGAAUCCAGUUGUACAGAGUGAUUAGAUGCGGUACAAACUUGCAAAUGGGAUGGAGGAAUGCAGAGGGACUCUUCUAGCUUUUGUGUGAACAUAACACAGCCAAUUUUUUUUCUCCUGCAGCUUGUACAAUUGUGAUCUCACUGCUGCUUGCUGUGCAGAUCUUGCCUCUGUCCUCAGCAGCAACCAGACGCUGACCGAACUCUUCCUGGGAGGUAACCAGCUUGGGGAUUCCGGGGUGCAGCUGCUGUGUGAGGGACUGAAACAUCCAAAGUGCACGUUGCAGAAAUUGUGGUAAGGGAGAACUCUGUUCCUUCGGGUUCAGAUCAUGAGCACAGUGCUUGUGGGUCCGGAAUUAUGUUCUGUUGCAUAUGAGGAAUCUACCGUAUUUUUCGCUCUAUAAGAUGCACUUUUUUCCUCAUAAAAAGUAAGGGGAAAUGUGUGCGUGUCUUAUGGAGUGAAUGCAGGCUCUGCAGCUAUCCCAGAAGCCAGAACAGCGAGAGGGAUCACUGCGCAGCGCUCCUUCUUGCUGUUUUAGCUUCUGGGAUUCAGAAUAUUUUUUUUCUUGUUUUCCUUCUCCAAAAACUAGGUGCAUCUUAUGGUCUGGUGCGUCUUAUAGAGCGAAAAAUACGGUAGUUUUCAUGGGGAAAAUCCCUCCUUAUCCAUCCAUCCAUCCAUCCAUCCAUUCAUUCAUACCUCUCUCUCUUUUGUUUUCAUUUUUAUAGUCUUUAUAAGUGCACUUUCCUAAUAGCAAAAGUACACAUGCCCUAGCCAAAGGAGGCCCUUCCCCACUCCAGGCUAAUUUCUCCUGUGUUUUCCAUCCCUCUAAGUGGACUUUACCUCUUCCCUUGCCCACCCCAUUCCUCCCCUCCCAUCUCCAAUCUACGGUCCAUCCCACCACAAUGAUACAUGGAGGCAUUCAACACAGCGCUGUGGAAAUCACAUUUCAGAUUCCCAGAUGGACUGAUCCCCUUCUUCUUCCUCCACGUCCUGCUCUGGAGGCUCUCUUAACUUCUCCUUGAGCCAAUUUGGGGUGGGGGUGUUGCAGAGGGAGUGCCAGGCAAGGAGAGAGGAGAAAGGCGCAUUGCACUAGCAGGACUUCUUCUUUAAAAGCUGCCCAAUAUCUCCUGCCCUUUUGGUGUCUUUCCUAAGGAAACUCCCUCCACUCACCCAAUUCAGUCUUGGCGGUCUCACCAUAAACCACAGGGGCUCCCUCUUCUACCCCUCCUGAAACCCAUGGUCACACGAGGUGCACUUGUGUCCUGCAGCUUGUGUAGCACUGAAAUCACAGCAGCAGGUUGGGGAGAGAUCUGUUCUGCCCUCAGCACAAACCAGAUGCUGGAAGACAUUGAUGUAUGGAACAAUCCAUUGGGAGAUUCAGGAAUGAGGCUGCUGUGUGAGGCGCUGAAACACCCUGGCUGCAAGCUUCAGAUUUUGUCGUAAGUAAGAAAUCUUCCUAUCUACACAGUUUUUUAAAUCUGUUUUUGAAUAAUUCAGUUUUUCAAAAACAAAAAUAUUGUCAGGAAAUGAGCAGCGGAUACUUAACAGAAGGUAACAGUGAGAAGCACAUGGAAAUAUGAUGAAGCUUUUCCUUCCAACAAAGAGUGAGGGCUAGUAACUUUUCUCUUUUCAACCCCCCGAAACCCCAACAAAGCCUGAAAGCUGAAAUUCUCAAUAGGUAGCUUUUCAUAGCAAAUUCUGUUCUAAGAACAAAUAUAACAGCACUGAAACACAAUGAGGAAAGUGCAAUGAAUUUGACUAGUUAAGAAGUUUGGAUCACUUUGAGUAUAGGCAGCUCUCAGUGUGUGACCACGGAUGUGCACACCACUUUCAGACCCGGAAGAGGGUGUAACGGGGGGGCUCAUGCGCACUCCAACAACAACGGUGACGCGCAUGAAGAUGUGGGAUGCAACCCCGGCACAAAUUGGGGGUUGCCUGUAAUAUAUCACGAGUUCUCCCGAACUGUUGUCACCCUCAUGCUUUGUGGAGUUGUAUUUACAAGUAAGGAACAAGUCAGCAGCCCCUCCCAUCCUAGCUGUUUGGGUUUUUUUUCCAGGUUAUGGAAUUGCGAAUUCACCUCGGCUUCCUGCAGGGAUCUCUGCUCUGCUCUCAGCAGCAACCAGAGUCUGAAGAAGCUGAAGCUGGGGGGUAACAAACUGGGAGAUUCCGGAGUGAAGAUGCUCUGUGAAGGACUGAAAGACCCAAGCUGUGGACUGGAGGCAAUUGAGUAAGUUGCAGGCAGCUUCCUUGCUGUGCAACGUUCAUUUGAGGAGCUGUGUGGUUGCCUUAGGUAGGCUCCCAGGGGCAGAGAUGCCCCUGCCUUUUAAAGGGGAAAGUUAAGAAAACAAGGCAGGAGAAGAACUAAGGGAGCCAGUGUGACAAUCAAACUGUGAGUAGAACCGGGCAGGGGGACAUCAAGGUACAAGGGGAAAUUGCCUAAUUGCCUAAGUGGCAUUUGUGAAAGAAGUCAAGAACAAGAGCAGGCUUACCUGUGGAGGUCUGAGUCACUGUUGGCGGAUUGUUCCCAGGAACAUAUUAGUACACAGAGAAUGGAAUGUAUAGUAUUGUUCUUCUGAGUAUAAUGAUUAAAGCCGGUGGAUUAUGAAUGGGGAGCCUGUGGCCCUCCAGGUAUGUUUGGACUCCCAUCACCCCUGGCCAUUGGCUCUGUUGGUUGAUGGGAUUUGGAGUCCAGCCACAGGUUCCUGCUCCAUGCUGUAGAAGGUCCUUUUCAUGAGAAUCGCAGGCUUUGAACUAGACCCAUUUACUUGAUAUCAUCAAAUACAUCUGUUACUUAAGCACUAAAAACACGCUUUGGGCUUUUGCAUAUAAGCACUCCCACUGAACCCUGGGUCUCUGCUCCUUACUUAGAGAUACCUCCUUCACCGAGUUUUUUAAAGCCUGACUUGUUCUGAUAAGCACCAAGGAGUCCUAUAGAAUUCCAGUGAGCAUAAGUGUGAUUGCAUGCAUGGGCAAUUUAGCUGUUUAAAUAAGGAAGGAAAUGAAUGAAGAAUAAAACCCAGUGGAAGCUUAAAUGGCUGUAAGGAGCCUGAUAAGGCCCAUUAGUCAUCUCUGUACUUUUGACUUUCUCUCCAUGUAAUUGGAGUGGGGGGUGGGGAGUGUACACAGUAUAUCAGGGGGCUAAAAAGAUUUGCCAUUUUAGCAAAUACCUGUGAAAGUGGUGUGCUAGAAUAGAAUAGUAUGUCUUAAGAAACCAUUCUUAGCAACCUCAGCAGGUUUAAAAGUCACAAUUUCUGUCUUGCAGAACCUUUCCUAGAAACUAAUUCCGGGGGACAAGAGGAGUUCCUCCCCCAGGAAAUGCUCAGCACCACCAUGCAAAUCUGCAUAUUAAAGUGGGAAGCAGGGACCUCGAAACUGCCUUUUAAAAAAAUCACUUAAGUUUUGUCUUGUGUAUAAGUUGUGCAUAGUCUUUGUUGCCAUGUAUAGGAGGCAACAGAUUGUUUCUUUCUCUUCCAUUCACAGACUCGAUAUUGACGAGUUAUCUGAAGACACAGUGAGAGAGCUUAGUAGCAUGAAAAGGAUUAAGCCUGACUUGGUUAUAGACACAUAG